UUUUUUAGCUAGCUUUCUCCCUCCCACUAACUGCAAACUCUUGCGGCUCAGUGUGUUGCUGCUGUCACGUUUCGUAAUUUGAAGUUUUUUGCUGCUAUCUGCUGAGUAACGGUCCUGAUCCUUCGUCCUUUACAUUACCUUUUAGGCGCUCGUUCAUUUGAUCCAUCCGGGCUCGGUUGGGUUCACUUAGUAGCUGGAGAUAUUAGUACUUUCACGAAAAUCAUGUCGGCCAAGAAGAAGGAGCCUACGCCGGAAGAACUUUUUAAAACGAUUAGAGAGCAGCAGGCUAAUCUUGCUUCCCAUUCCGGCGAACCUAUUUCGGUGGCACAAUUGGCUGAAAUCGUGUCAAAAACUCUAACAGCUGUGACCGGUUUGGAACCAUUGAUUAAGACCCACACCAGGAUGCUUUCUGAGCUCCACGUAAAAAUUGACACGAUCGGUGAGAACGUGGACAAACUCAUAAAAUAUUUCGGCAGCGUUGGAACCGGAAGUGCCCACAUUACCCCUCAAGCAGAACAUCGAGAACCGAAAUUCGCGCCGGUUAAAUCUCUUGAAGGAUUGAAAUCCCUCGAAUCCAAAAGCGCGGAUCCAAAGUUUGUGCAGGAGACUGUGUGGCAUUUUUCGCGUUUGCACGGUAAAGAUAGAUUUGUUGGAAAAGGUUUAGACGUGUGCCAUCAAAUCGUCAACAGCUUUUUUGAUCCCGAGUUUUUGAUCAGCUGCUCCUGGACUGGAGGAGGCCGAAAUGUGAAGAAGAUUCCAUUCAUGGUGUUUGGGAAAGUGAUUGAUCUUUUCCUACAAGUCGUGCUCAAUUCUGACCCACAAUUUUCCAUGGAUCAAUUGAAAGGAUUCUUACACCAAUGUUUGCGCAAUGCAAAGCAGCGCGCUAAGAAUUUGGGCGGCAAAAAACCCAUGUCCCGGAAGCGGAAACUCCCAGAUGGAUUACUGGAAACGUCGUCGGAGCAAGGACCGGAGCUCCCAAUGGCUGAUGAAGAAGGAUACGACGAAGUGGACGAUGAAGCGGACGACGAAGAAGAAGCAUUUGGUCAACAAGACUUAAGCGAACCAUCGUUGAAGAUAGAGAUCCUCGACGAGGAGAUCCUUUAGUAGGGCGGCAACAAUUAAGUUGUUCUUUUAUUAUAACUAACCAUAAAAACUAAUUUUAAGUUGUUGUUUUUUUAUUAUUAUACGGACCAUAAGAUCAAACUAGUCAAGAUCCAUUGCAAGUAAUAC